AUGGACGAGGAUGCUGAGAUUGCCCAACAAACGGAUUCGAUUGAGGAUCCCGAGGUGAGUCCUACGGUUUCCGGUGAUGCUGAUCUUGAUUCGACAGUCGAUGCUCAGGGGAGUUCGCAAGUCAUUGACGAUGCUGCAGGUUCCUCACCUAUGGAGCUCGAUUCGACGGUUACUAAUGUCGAUGGCGAUGGCGAUUGCGGUGCUAGGGUUUCUGGGAGUGAGAGAUCGGAUAACGCUGAUCUCGUUGCGUGCGAAGGCAGUGGGGAAGAUGAUGAUAUAAGUGAAACGAAACCUAGUUUUCCCGAGGUCAAAAGGGAGGAUGUUACUGAAAGCCAGAUUGAGAGGUCUGAUGAUGACAGUCCUGAGCUUAAAGAAGAUGUCUCCGAUGAUAAUCAAUCUAGUGAGCUUGGCUCCGAAGCUGAUGAGAUUGAUUCGAAGGAAGAAAAGCGAGGAGAUUUGGAGAAACAUGCGGCUUCGGAUUACAAAUCUCUCUUAUCGGAGUUUGAUGAUUACGUUGCAAGCGAGAAAAUGGGGGAUGGUUCUGGAGUUUCGAGGGCAUUGAGCUAUGGGUUCGAAGUGGGCGAUUUGGUUUGGGGAAAGGUAAAGUCUCAUCCUUGGUGGCCUGGUCAUAUAUUCAAUGAAGCUUUUGCGUCUCCCUCCGUUCGUCGCAUGAGGAGGAUGGACCAUGUUCUUGUUGCAUUUUUCGGGGAUAGUAGUUACGGCUGGUUUGAUCCUGCUGAGCUUAUUCCCUUUGAGCCUCAUUUGGCAGAGAAGUCACAGCAGACUGUCUCGAAGCACUUUGUAAGAGCUGUGGAGGAAGCCACUGAUGAAGCGAGUAGAAGAUCAGCUCUUGGCUUGACUUGUAAAUGUAGGAAUCCUUUUAACUUUAGGCCUACGAAUGUUGAAGAUUACUUUGCUGUUGAUGUGCCGGAUUACGAGCUUCAGUCCGUUUACUCUACUGAGCAGAUUCAGAAAUCUAGGGAUGGGUUUUCACCUGUUGAGACUCUCUCGUUUGUGAAGGAAUUGGCUUUAGCACCUCAAGAGUGUGAUUCCAACAGUCUAGAUUUCUUGAAGAAGAAAGCAGUGGUUUCUUCUUUCCGCAAGGCUGUGUUCGAGGAGUUUGAUGAAACAUAUGGUCAGGCCUUUGGGACGAAAUCUGUGCGCACUCUAGCGAGUGCAAAUGAACCUCAUAAUAGAGCACCUCCUCGAGCUCCCUUGAGUGGCCCGCUGGUCAUAGCAGAAACUCUAAGUGACUCGAAGAGCUCUAAAAAGACCGCAAAGGUUAAGGAUUCGAAAAAACAAGACAAGUAUCUUCUCAAGCGAAGAGAUGAAGCAGGUGAUACGACUGUUCAAUUUGGCCAAGUUGAAGCAAGUUCUAGCACAGGCGUUGGAGGAUCUACGGAUGGGGAUUUUGUGCUGCAGAGAAGAGAUCCAACGCUUCAAACUCCAAUGAAAGAUGAGGAGUCUGGGAUUGUCAGCAUGGAUUUCACCUCUUCAAGUGCAGCUAGUCCUGGUAAAGAAUGUUCUGUACCAAAGCUCUCUCGUGAUGAAGAAAAGGGUUUAGCUGAUGAUGAAUCAAAGGUGAAAAUGGAAGAACAAACUGUUGUAUUUCCAGAGCAUGUGAAAUCUGAAGCUGUGGCGAGUCUUAAACAAGAGACUGGAGCAGAUCUUGGAUCAGCUGGAAGCUCUCCCAAGCCCCUGCUUGAGUCUCCUCGAGGUUCUCAUACCUCAGCCUCUGAGGGGAAAAGUUCCACAGGGUCUGUAAUCAAGAAAGGCAAAGCUACUAAACGAUCGUCAAGCGAAAUAGGCCCUGAAAAUCCUUCUUUAGAGCCGAAAAAGAAGAAGAAGAAGAAGAUAGAGGUUAACUCUGACCAUCCAGAAAAGAGAAAGCUUUUGUCUUCUGGGGAAGCUGGAGCCAAGAAAUUGUCCCAGCUUGGUUCAGCACAUUUACACUCGUAUAUGGAAGCUGAUGUGCCGCAGCUGUUGAGUCAUCUGCAAGAUCUCUCUCUGGACCCUUUCCAUGGUUCAUCAGUUGCUUCUUUUGGAGCUGCUAGGAGGUUCUUUCUCCGUUUCCGUUCACUUAAUUACCAGAAAAGUUUGGCCGUAUCUUCAUCUGAUGCUACUGCUGAAUAUGCCAGAGACACAAAACCCUCAAAACCGGUCAAGACUGUCAACAGAACCGAAGGCCCAUCAAAAGCUGGGAAAAAACGUCUCUCUUCUGAUCGUCAGGACGAAAUCCCAUCACCUAAGAAGCUGAAGAAAACUAUUCAGUUGAAACCAACACCUUCUGAGAAGAAGAUCAAACGAGAAGCAAAGGAUGGUUUAAAACCAGCAAGAGAGCAAAGCAGUGGUGCAGUUCAAGCUAAACCCGCCAAAGCUCAAACCGGGAAGAAAACGGCUCCGUCAGUGAAGGUAGUUGAGCCAACAAUGCUGGUCAUGAAGUUCCCACCAGGCACAUCUCUCCCUUCUUCUGCAUUGCUAAAGGCGAGGUUUGGUCGCUUCGGGCUGUUGGAUCAAUCCGCCAUUAGAGUUUUCUGGAAAUCCUCGACCUGCCGUGUUGUCUUUCUGUAUAAAGCCGAUGCACAGACGGCUUUUCGAUAUGCAUCAGGAAAUAGCUCUCUCUUUGGAAACGUGAACGUAAGGUACUUUCUUCGUGACGUGGAUGCUCCUAAAGCCGAGCCUCAGGAACCAGAAAACGCAAAGGAAGAUGAUGAACCACAGAGCCAGUGGCUAGACCAAGCACCGCCACUUCACCAACCAAUCCUACCACCGCCAAACAUCAACCUGAAAUCUUGCUUGAAGAAAUCCGCUGAUGACCCAAGCAGUAGUCGCGGAACCGCAAGAGUCAAAUUCAUGUUAGGAGGUGAAGAUAACACAAGUAAAGCAACCGCCGAGGCAAAACUCACCCCAACGUUGAGUAGAAACAGUGGAUCUUCUUCUUCAUCAUCAUCUGUUGCAAUGGAAUUUGUUAGUAAGAAGUUUCAAAACGUUGUUCAUCAUCAACAGCUUCCUCCUUCAACAUUGCCUCCAAUUCUUCCUCUCCCACCACAAUACACAAAACCCGUUAAAACAGUGGACCAUGUGGAACCACCAAUGCCACCACCUUCCAGAAACUUCCGUGGCCCGAGCCCGGCGGUUGUUGGUGCGGGAGACAUCUCUCACCAGAUGCUCAACCUCUUGUCAAAAUGCAAUGACGUUGUGGCUAACGUCACGGGCUUGUUGGGCUACGUUCCUUACCAUCCAUUGUGA